UGAGAACGAAGCCUCAGGAGGAACUGACGGAGGAUGCGAAGGAAGAGCGGGUGUCGGAGAUGGCGUCGCUGGCGCACCUCCGGGGGCCCUACUUCGACCCCGCCGCCUCCAAAAACGUCACCGCCAUCGUCGACCAAACUGCUUUCCUCAACUGCCGGGUUCAUAAUCUCGGAAAUAAAACGGUGUCCUGGGUGCGGCACAGGGACAUUCACUUGCUCACGGUGGGGCGCUACACGUACACGAGCGACCAGCGCUUCUCGGCCGUUUACUCGCCGCACACCGAGGACUGGACGCUCAAGAUCCUCUACUCGCAGCGCAACGACUCCGGCGUCUACGAGUGCCAGGUCUCCACCACACCACCUAUCGGCACCUCCAUGCAUCUCUCCGUCGUCGAACCAGUGACAACAAUCAUCGGUGGGACGGAACUGUACAUUAACAGAGGCAGCACAAUGAAUUUAACGUGCGUUAUUAAACACAGUCCAGAGCCGCCGUCUCUGAUUUACUGGACACACGACACAAAAGAGAUAAACUACGACUCGCCUCGGGGCGGCGUGAGCGUGAUCACGGAGAAGGGGGAGGUGACGACGAGUUACUUGCUCAUUCAACGGGCCGCCAGCCCGGACUCGGGCAAGUACACCUGUAAUCCAUCCAACUCCAAUCCGAAAACAAUCCUCGUCCAUGUCCUGAAUGGCGAACACCCGGCGGCAAUGCAGCAUGGCAGUCAAUUGCGGCUUGAGUCCCCGUUCAGCGCCAUCUUAUUAUCUUCGUUCUUCAUCCUCAGCAGGAUAUUGUCGUAACUUUAGCUCUUAAACUUAACCUUCUUCUCCACUGGAUAGUCAAAUCAACCAAGAUUUAUUGUAACUAUUGUAUAAAAGCCAUCAAACCCUCCUGCCAGAAAACAAACCCACCCGGCAGCUAGUGGGUACGUGGAGCAAAAAAAUUGUUUGAUUAGAAAUACUGAAAUUCGGUUCAGAAAGAACACUGUCUUUUUAGACAAUACUACUGCGACAUGGAAGAAAACAUGUCUGCAAAAUGAUCGUGUGAGAGCAUUCUGCAAUUAAUAUCACUGUAAAGCAACUGUGAAACUGCAAAAACAAAGGAUUUGAAAGAAUUUUGAAAUGACUAAGGAGCAAUACUGACCAAGCAAAUCUAGCAACACCCAACUGGCAAUUUUGGCGGAAAUGAGUCAGCGAUUUUGCCGCAUUCUACAGAAUGUAAAAUUGUCAAUUUGCAGGUUGGAGGUAUUCUUACUUAGCCUCGAUAUCUCGGUUAUAUGUCAUUUUGUCAACAAUUCUUUGUCCGCGCACCUGUUUUUUCUGGUAGUUUACGUCCACGCGUUUUGUCAGCCGGGGAAUUUUGGUCUACCUAGCAAUUUAGACCUGAAGUUAAUUGGUGUAAAUACAAACGACAAGUGCUCUUUGGAUGAAAAUAUAAAAUGUCUUGGAAGAAUGAGGGUUUGUUUGUU